AUGUUGAAAGUCAAGCUGGCUACACAAGUCCUGAGCACGUCUGUGGCAAUAGCACUGGAAGAAUCCGAGAAUGAUGAGGUUCUUGGUACUGCCGAAUUCUGCAGGAUGAUCAAUGAUUUCUUUGAUUGUACGAAUGUAAGGUCUUUGACCGAGCAUGAGAAAAAAAGAAAUCCACUCAUCAAACCAUACUCAUCCCAAGAUGAUGAAAGAUUUUCCUGGCUAAAGGAUGUUUUUCUCAACUACCUCGAGACAUGGAAGCAGAGUACCACCACACGAGAAGGAAACUACUCAACCGACGAUAGAGGAAAGAUGUUUCUCUCCCUUCAGACUUACAAAGGUUUGAAAAUUUCUGUUUUUUUCACAUAUUGAGGCCAUUCAGUUUUUAUUAUCUGAAGGGUUUCAGUAUGUACUAAGUGAGAGAUUUAUGCAAGAUGUCCUAGAAGACUACUUUGGACAUCAACAGGCUAAAGGUGGCCGCUCGGACAACCCAACUGCUCAGCAAUUCGGCUAUAAUGAUUUGACAAUAGCCGCCCAGAGAGACAUCGCUCCAGUGUUAAGAGGCAAUGUGGGAGGUCGAUACAAAAAGCAAAAGUGGAAUGUAGUCAGUGAUGUACCAGUUAAGAAAAGAAAAAAGGACAAGAAACCAAAAUAA